UCACCGUGCAGUGAAUGCCUUUCCUUCAAUGUCUAAUACCCUGAUCGUCUGAGUGUCUCGUCUCUUGUGGAAGGUACAGCGGCCUCAGCUCCUUCAUCCCGCGAACCUCCCAUUCAACUUCGAAUAUCUACAUAUCAACCUCUAAGAUGCCUAUUAGCACCCUAUCUGUCGGUGCUGCCGUGACUCCUACAGUCAUCGAAACCUACAUAUCACACUACCUCAAUCGCAAACCACUCCGCCAAAAACCCACCGCGCACAUAUCCUAUCACGAAGGCCUCCAGCUUGUGCGCCAGUUCCUACAUUAUGCUUCGUUUCACACCGUCGAAGACAUCCAAGCCUUUACGGCCCAGUGGGUGCCAGUGCCCGCCUGGGUCAAGCAAGAAGUCAUCGAGAUACCACAAGCCAAGCUCGCCAAGUCAGCCGAGUAUCUCGAGGCGCAGCUAGGUCCAGAAGGAAUACAACAAGUCGGAGGGAAGAAAUGGUGGCAAUGGCGACGCGACAAUGGCGUAUUGAAGGCCGAGUGGAUUGAGAUGCGCAAAGACUACAAUGAGCGCAAGAAGGUUGGGGGCGGAGAAGGACAGCGGAUAAUGCUUUACGUGCACGGCGGCGCAUACUACUUCGGCAGCGUUGACGAGCAUCGGUAUCAAAUGCAGCGACAUGCGCGAAAGCUGAAAGCGAGAGUCCUAGCGCCGAGAUAUCGUCUUGCGCCUCAGUUCCCAUUCCCUUGCGGUCUCUAUGACUGCUUGGCGGCUUACCUCUACUUACUGGAGAAUCACGAUCCCACUACAAUCAUAUUGGCUGGUGACUCUGCUGGUGGUGGCAUGGUCCUGAGUAUGUUGGUCAUUUUGCGAGACCAGGGUGUCCCGUUACCGGCUGGGGCAAUCCUGAUAUCGCCUUGGGUUGACUUGACCCACUCCUUCCCUAGUCUAGGAGGUGAUGGUCGCUUGGAUUACAUUCCAGCGCAUGGGUUUGUCCACAAGCCAUGCAUGAGUUGGCCACCACCCAGCGUAGACGAUAUGCUCGAGCUCCACAAGGGCACUCGCAACGCAGACUCGAAAGACAAACUAACACCCUAUCUUCCCAAGGCGAGAACUAGCAGAGAAGAAAAGGAGGCAAAAAAAGAAGCACACAAAGAGCGAGUCCGCGGAUUCUCCGUCCGAGACGCCGAGCGGCCAGACCUCAAGCCUAUCAACGAAAGUACGGACGGCGUGAAGAGUUCGACCGAAACGACAAAUCCUGCGAUAUCCCAGCAUGCUCUUCUAUCCAUCAACAUUGAUGGAGAGAUGAUCGAGAUCAAAGACCAGAUCCAAAUAUAUGCUGCGAACCAUCUCAUCAACCACCCGUUGGUUUCUCCAGCGCUAACGCCAUCUCUCGGUGGCCUCCCACCUCUCUUGAUCCAAGUCGGGGGUGGCGAACUCCUACGAGAUGAACAAAUCUACAUUGCACACAAAGCGGCUUCGCCUCUCUCCUACGUUCCAAGUCCCUCCAUACAUCAGUCAGCAGAACUCAUUCAGUCCCAAGUCUCACGGCAUCGCCCCACAUAUGUCCAACUGCAGGUCUGGGAUGACCUUUGCCAUGUUGCCCCGACGCUUAGCUUCACUCGUCCCGCGAAGUACAUGUACCGCAGCAUUGCUCAAUUCGGCGCAUGGGCUCUUGCACACGCGCAGAAGACUGCUAUCGAUAUUCUCGACGACGAUGAUGUCUCGGUCAUUAGCUCUAGCUCAUCAACGAGCUCUGGCAGCAACUUGGCACCAGAGGACAUUAAACUUUCCAUGCCCCAUAGCGCCCAGAAGGUAGGCUUCGAUCGGAUUAGCCGCGAAGCUACUAGUGUUAAAGGACCCGAAGUGGGCAAGGCCGGGGAUCCGCUCCCACCUUUCGACAAGCACAUGAUUCGUCAACGGAUUGAUCGAAAUGGUGUAAUCCACUCUCUUGUGCCACCCUCGGAACUCGAGGCGUUGCAAUUGGAGUCCUCUGAGAUUGGAACGAUCAAGCCUGGCCCAGUACGAAAGUGGAUGGCGGCGCAAAGCAAGUGGAAUGAAAAUUUCGCUAAACAAAAGAGGGCUGUCCAAAAAAAGAGAAUAAAGCACAUGGAACGCGGAUAUGAGGGUUUCGAUGGCGAGGUCCCUCCUCCAACUGCAUUAGCAGGGAGAAGGGUCAAGGGUAUGGAGAUGCAGAAAGCGAACAAGAAGAGUUGGGGAAUGAGCAUGUGGAGUGUUUGGGGGAGCAAGCAUGACGAGAUGACCCCGUAAGUGGAUCAUCGCGACCGGAUGUUACCUUAUUAGGUUACAAUUAGGAGGUUGCUAUUCAGAUCAUCUUACACCAACCGAGAUCUCCGAUGAUGUAUCGAAGCAUCAUAGGUGGUGUACUACACACACGAAUACCCCAGCACUAGAUUUUGCGUGUGCUAUGCUAACACCUCACAGAUCGAACGCGAACAAAAAGCCGAAAAGGAAGCCGAUCAGCCCUCUACCACAGCCGCCGAUGCCGAAAACACAGCAGCGCCUAACGAAACC